CUUAUCUAUACUAAUUAAUACAUCACAAUGGGAAACGGACAAAAAGCACAAAUGAAGCGUGAGCGUAAUGCUAAGAAUGCCGGUGGUGAAUCCAAGUCUCAAAAGAAGACAAACGAACUCGCAAAGAACAUUAUCUGUAAGACUUGUUUCCAAACUUUCCUCUGUACUGCUCGUGAAAAGGCUUUAAGUGAACAUGCUGAAAACAAGCAUAGCAAGACCAUCAAGGAAUGUUUCCCUGAUUUCGUCGUUUCCGCCUAGACAACAUACAUCAUAUUUAUAUAUACUUUCCCCGUAGAGAAAUAUAAUAUAUAAUAAUAUUCCUUUUUUUAAUAACAUUUUUUGACUGCAUCUUUUUUUAAAAAUAUAGUUUAUUUAAGUGUACAUGUAAAAAAAAAAAAAGAAAAAAAAAA